CUAUAGUGUGAGCCCUGUCUUAUACGCCUUGGAUCAAUUUAGAUUGCUAUUCUAUUUAAAGGAAAUUCGCGUGGCUGCGGUGCUUUCGCGAAUUCGAACGAGUCCCAUUGGACCUCUCUGGUGGCGAGUCGCCACAAAACAGAUAUCUAUUUCACUUUAAGUUCCAAAAGUAUACAUUGGUUCAGUCACAGAAAACAGACCUUCAGGUCAGUAUGUUCUGUAAUGAAUUCUCUGACUCGAUUAUCAUAAGGUCUAUUCGCGUUGCAUGAAAUUCCCAAAUAUUUUUGCACUUAAAAUGAGAUAAAUACCUAUUUUGCCCUAAAAAGACAAAAAGCGAAGAUGUUGAGUGCCAAAAGUGCAAGCAAUGCGAACAGACCUAUACUUUAAUGAAACCAGCUCCGGUCUUUCCUCGAAUGAAGUUCGAAACACGAACAUGGAUGAUAGGUUUCGACUUGAUUUAAUUCGAUUCAUUCCAUAAGGGGUGGUAUAGGCCAAUUAAUCGUAAUUAGUCUGUGAAUUUAUAUUCCGAUUAAUUUAUAUUCCGACAUUUAUUUUACAUUUAUGUGGAAUAGUGAUGUCGACGGAUAUUAUUGAAUUGAAAAAAGACACAGAAGGCAAAAAUAAAGAUAAAAUCUAUUGUACAUUUUGUCCUUCAAAAAUGCUCAAUGCUGGAACUGCUAGAUUAAUAAACAUGGAUUUUGCAUUACCUUAUAUCCAUAGCAAAGCAGAGGACAAAGCUAAUCAAUCAGAAACAAUUUCUGCUUACUGGUUAAUAGAAGAUAUGUAUACUUUCGAAAAUAUUGGUGUAUCACACACAGUAGGCAAUGUCAAGUACCUAGCUUGUGCCGAUUGUGAGAGAGGUCCAGUGGGAUGGCAUGAUUUGUCCACUAAAAAAUCAUACAUUGCAUCAUGUAGAGUAAAAUAUGAAUGAACAGAGAUAAGAGCUUAUUAAUAAAAUAGUUUUAUAAUUUUCUAUACAUAAAUACAUAUGUGUGUCCAUAUACACAUAUACACACAUACAUAAAGCACAAGGGUAUAGAAAGAUA